GGAGAGCUUAAUAAUGCAGUGUGUUGGUGCAGGUUACAGCUGCAGCUGUAAACAUAAAUGUUAAACCGGUAGUUAAUAAGAGUGCCGUGAAGGUGGAAGACCAGGAGGCGUGUUCAGGCCACCAUGUGAUCGGAAAUUACCCCUGCAGAGAGAGACAAAGUGCCAAAACAAGGGGAAGCGGAGAGUUUGAGCGGGUUCUUCGGGAUUUAAGGAGCUGCUUUUAUUCAGCAACACUUCCACGGACUCGCUGCUUCGCUUUGUUGUCUUUUCACCGCAGUCAAACCUAGCAAGCCACCUUAGUACGCUAAGGGUUGUUCUGAGGUCAGACUGCUGAAAUGACAAAGCUGUGACAGUGGACAUCCAAGAGUCUUCCUGCUGGCCCAAAUCGAGUGACAUGGCUGCUGCAAAGAAGAGGUGUGCAAAGGUGGGAGGCGUCCGCUUCCCUGAGGAACUUCCCUCAGUUGGAGCAACGUCCCACGUUCAUUUUGACGAAAAGCUGCAUGACUCUGUUGUCAUGGUGACCAUGGAAGAAGACGGCAACUUCAUGGUCAAGGUUGGCUUUCUGAAGACGCAGCAUCGCUAUGAGAUAGUGUUCACCCUGCCGGAGGUCCCAGCGGUGGGUAAAGAUGUGUGUCCGGCUCCUUUACCCAACCCACACCUCAAAAUCACCGACAUCUCAGCAGCACCAGAGGGAGGCCUGAAGAUAACGUGUGAGUACUUGGCCCUGCAGGAGGGGGUUCUCUGCGAGGAGGUGCUGCUGCUGAGCGAGACCAGCGACACCGUCUGCAUCAGGGUCAAAGUUCACGCCAGAGUCAUGGAUCGUCAUCACGGUACGCCCAUGCUGCUGGAGGGGGUUCGCUGUAUUGGCACGGAGCUGGAGUACGACUCGGAGCAGAGCGACUGGCAGGGAUUCGACUGAACCUAAAGUCUCCAACUCCCAGUUGUACCUGCAGAAACACAAACACACUCAUCUGACAUGUCAGAGGUUUACACCCACCUUAAGGCUCAGAAAUGUCAUCUUCUCAUAUAAGAAACAAAAUAAAAGCUUCCAUUCUGAUUUAGACAUGCAGAUUAGUGCGUAGCAGCAUCUUAGCCUGCAGCGAUCACCAUCCUGGCCUCAGUGUUUAAGGUCAGACCUUAAUAUGGGAAACAUUCCUCUGUUUUAAGUGUGCCAGCCGCAGCGUCAGAGCGUUUUCCCACCUGUUCUUGUUGUAAACUGUGUUUUCCUUACUGAACCUGUAGAGGGCAGCAUUACCCUUCAAAUCAGCCUCCAAUCCUCAUCUGUUCUUCUUGUUCUCUAGCUCUUGCCACUCUUGGGUUUUUACUGUUAGGCGUACAUAAGGGCUCAUCCAUCAACUAUUAAAAAAUCUUGGUUCUGAAUGAAGGAACAACUCUGACCUAUUCAGGAAAGUAUGAACACUGAGCUUAUAAUGUCUGUUUAAUGAUAAAAGGGGCACUGUAUACCACUGUAUGUAACACGGCUCCAGUCUGAGGACUACAGUUUAAAGGUUCCUGUAUCUGCAGGGGUUUUUUAUUUAUGUGUGAAAUGCAUUUUUACAUUCUGUAACUGACAUUUCUGUUGUGGUCUCUUGGCUUUAACCUGCCCUCAUCAUUACUACUUCAGAGUAUUUUUGUUGCUUUUCCAUAGCGGCUGCUUAGGAGACCCUUAAAAAUGAGUCAGGGUAUUUUAGUGAGGUCAGACGAGGAAUGCAUGCACAGCAGCUGUAUUAAAGGAAAGAAAAAAAUGACACCUCAUUAUAAGCUCUCCAGGUAGAUGGCACAGAUCUGCAGCCAUGUUUCACUGUUUCCUAAGGUGGAUUUCCUACUUUAGUCAUUAUAAAGAGGUGAUGAUAGUAAGAACUGAGAUGGGGUGUUUUUCCUCAUCCUAUUAAAUCAUUUUUAGCUGUAUUCAUUCAUAUUUGAGUUCCCAAGUUUUACAAAAAUAAACCAUUUAAAUGAGUUACAAUCAAAACAGAAAUGCACUGGAAACGUAAUAAUUUUACUGUAUUAAAUUGAAUUAAAAAUUUGAUUCAGUCAGCAGUUAUAGUUAUAGUUAUAAUGCCAAAUGUUCUGUGAAGAUUGGAGACAUUUCUGUUUUUUAAUGAAAUAUUUUUGUUUUGAUUGGUGUUUUUCCCCGUUGCUGCCCUUGUUCAAGCCAUCUGUCCUUUAACAAAUUCUUCCACAAUGUGAAUAAUCUUAUUUUCUAUUGUAAAUUCCGUUCCAAACUAUUCAAGGGGACAUGUCGUUUUUACAGUUUUCCAUCUCUAGUGUGCUCAGGCUUGUUUGUGAUGCAUAGAUUUAUUUCCAGGUAUGAAAUUGAUCAAUAUUUUUUAAAACGGGAAGAAAGCGAGUACAGGGCUAGAAGUUAGCCGAAAUGUGCUGAAUUGGUUCAUCAGUGCAUAACACAAUGACCGGCUCAGACAAAAUUAGUGACAUCAAAGGCCUCAACUCAAAUUCAUGUUCAUUAAAAGAAGACUAAUGUACUUAUUUACCCAAGGGAAACGUCAGGAGAACUAACCCAACCAGUUUAACGGCUCUGCGGAGAGUCCAAUCAGUAAUUCACUACAGUAGUGAAUGUCUUCUGGUGACAUAAAACCUUAUUUUCAAAUUUUUUAAUUCUGGCAGCAUUCGGGUAAAUGUUGUAAUUUCUGCUCCAGUUCUGACCAACAUUAUUGCUUCCAAUUUAAACUAAAAGUUGUAUUCUUGAGGCCGUUUUUUGAGCCAAGAACGCAUGAUUAUCCAUUAAAAAAAACAAAAUGGCUAAAUGUGAUUUCUGUCUUGCGUUUUUCUAGUUGUAAAAUCUGAUAUAUGCCCUUUAAAUAAGACUGGAAUAUCUUCAAAGCCUUUAGAAACACUCAUGUAACAAAAGUGCCUUUCGAUUCUCCGUCCAGUCUCCCUGUGUUUUAAUACUUCUUGUUAGCUCUCCUUUUUAACUCUCAGACAGGAACACGGUACAUUCCUGAUACACUGAUGAAUAAAGCAUGUUUUGGACUUAAAAAAUAAAGGAACAAUCUGAAUAUCUUUGCCUUCAUCGUCCAGAGCGCUGCCUGUAAACCAACAACCAUCAAGCUUCCACCCAUCUGUCUUUGACCCCUCACAUGAGUGCUUACAGAUCAAGUGCCAUGACCACACAUCUCAUGUAGAUCCUUUUAACGUUUUCUACUUUUAACCUUCUCUUGUUCCUGAAUGUAAUCAGCCUUUCCAAUAAAACAAACGAUCCGCAGUUUCUUCUCUUUGUUGUUUUACCACAAACACUUUAGACUUUAUGGAUCUUUUCUCCAGCACAGUAGGUCAAUGUUCUCUGUUAGUGUCACAGCAAGAAGCUUGGUAGUGUAGUUUUUCAUGAAUGUAGCGCUUCCAUGUGUGGAGACCUGCUUUCCCCGCGGGUGGAAUAUGUAUGUUUAAAUGUCAAAAGCAGAAUAAACAAGUGAGCCUGUUUGAG